AUGGAUAUAGCUCGUGUUCAAGCUUAUGCCCAGGGAUCAGAAGAUCGAAAGCGUCAGCGAGAGGCUAUCUCAGGGCAGAAUAGUGGUCAGCCUAAGAGGGCCAGGUCGGAGGGUCAGAAUAAAGGCUACACCAGAGAAAGCAGACCCCAGUCUAGCGCAUCCUCGCAGUUUCAAGGAUUUCAGCGGGGUAGGGAGGCUUUUUCUAGGCAAAGACAAAAUUUUCCUUAUGCGUCGAGCUCCCAGCAGCAGGCGGGGUCAGGACAGGAGGUGAUGCCCCCUCCCCAAUGCGCGACUUGUGGGAGACGCCACGUAGGGCGAUGUCGGCGUGGCGUAUGUUAUACUUGUGGUGAUCCGACGCAUUAUGCUAGAGAGUGUCCACAAGGAGUGGGCCAUACUGUCCUUGGAAACUCGGCAGCAGCAUCGUCACCUUCGGUGAGAGCCCCCGAGACAGGACCCCAGGCUUCCUCCGGUCGAGGUAGGGGCAGAGGUAGAGCACCUGAUCCCAGUACGGGGCCACAUCGUAUCUUUGCGCUAGGGGGGAGACUGGAUCCAGAGGCUCGACAGGAUACACCACCAGGUAAUCUACGUUAG